AUGGCAGAGUCAAGCAACUUUGCACAGGCGAGUAUUCCCAAGUUUGAUGGAGACUACGAUCAUUGGAGUCUUCUCAUGGAGAAUUUACUGAGAUCGAAAGAGUAUUGGGGUGUGGUGAGAGAUGGGUUUGUCGAGGCAGCAAGUGAAGAGACGCUGUCCGAAGCGCAGAAGAAAACCCUCGGUGAAGCGAGAUUGAAGGAUCUCAAAGCUAAGAACUAUCUUUUCAGUGCAAUCGAUAAAACCAUUCUUAAAACGAUUACACUGAAAGAGACGUCUAAGUAG